GAGCUAGAGGCUAGGCUCCCAUCCUGGCUCCACCCUUUGCAGGGAUUUAUAAAUAGGUGCCCGAUGUGCUCUUAGACAUUGGGAGUGAGAGUCGGGGUUAGAUGUAGAGCAUUAUUGAGGACCUGAAGAGAGAAGGACAUUUUGAAGGUUUUGUUGGCUGAAGAGGUGUCUUUGGAAUCCCACUUCUAGAUCUUUCUUGAAGAUUUGAAAAUAAUUAAACUAGGGCCAUGGGGACACAGAAGGUCACCGCACCUCUGAUCUUUGCCAUCACCGUUGCUACAAUAGGCUCUUUCCAGUUCGGCUACAACACUGGAGUCAUCAAUGCUCCUGAAACAAUCAUAAAGGACUUUAUCAAUUACACUUUGGAAGAGUACUCAGAAAACCUUCCCAGUGAGGUGUUACUUACAUCUCUCUGGUCCUUGUCUGUGGCCAUCUUCUCCGUUGGUGGUAUGAUUGGAUCCUUUUCCGUUGGACUCUUUGUCAACCGCUUUGGCAGGCGCAAUUCAAUGCUUAUUGUCAAUCUAUUGGCAAUCAUUGGUGGCUGCCUCAUGGGAUUCUGCAAAAUAGCAGAGUCAGUUGCAAUGCUGAUCCUGGGCCGGCUGGUUAUUGGCCUCUUCUGCGGACUCUGCACAGGUUUUGUGCCCAUGUACAUUGGAGAGAUAUCGCCCACGGCUCUGCGGGGGGCCUUCGGCACUCUUAACCAGCUGGGCAUCGUCAUCGGGAUUCUGGUGGCCCAGAUCUUUGGUCUGAAAGUCAUCUUGGGGACUGAAGAUCUUUGGCCUGUGCUGUUGGGCUUCACCAUCCUCCCAGCUCUCCUGCAAAGUGCAGCCCUUCCAUUCUGCCCAGAAAGUCCUAGGUUCUUGCUCAUCAACAAAAAGGAAGAGGAUAGUGCUAGGAAGAUCCUCCAGCAAUUGUGGGGCACCCAGGAUGUGACUCAGGACAUUCAGGAGAUGAAAGAUGAGAGUGCUAGGAUGGCACAAGAAAAGCAAGUCACUGUGCUGGAACUCUUCAGAGUACGGAGCUACCAACAACCCAUCUUGAUUUCCAUCAUGCUCCAGCUCUCUCAGCAGCUCUCUGGAAUCAACGCUGUGUUCUAUUACUCAACAGGAAUCUUCAAAGAUGCGGGUGUUGAGGAGCCAAUCUAUGCCACCAUUGGAGCCGGUGUGGUUAAUACCAUCUUCACCGUAGUGUCUCUGUUUCUGGUGGAAAGGGCAGGAAGAAGAACUCUACAUAUGAUUGGCCUUGGAGGGAUGGCUUUUUGUUCCAUCCUCAUGACUAUUUCCUUGUUAUUAAAGGAUGAGUACAGCUGGAUGAGCUUUAUCUGCAUUGGGGCUAUCUUGGUCUUCGUGGCCUUCUUUGAAAUUGGCCCAGGCCCCAUUCCCUGGUUUAUCGUGGCUGAACUCUUCAGCCAGGGACCCCGCCCCGCUGCAAUGGCAGUGGCUGGUUGUUCCAACUGGACCUCCAACUUUUUGGUUGGACUCCUCUUCCCUUCAGCUGCUUACUAUCUAGGAGCCUACGUUUUUAUUGUCUUCACCGGCUUCCUCGUGAUCUUCUUGGUCUUCACCUUCUUCAAAGUCCCUGAGACACGUGGCAGGACUUUUGAGGAAAUUACACGAGGCUUUGAAGGGCAGGCGCAGGGGGCUAACAGAGCUGAGAAAGGCCCCAUUGUGGAGAUGAACAGCAUGCAGCCCGAUAAGGAGGCCACCACCAAUGUCUAAGCUCUGCUUCCUUCCCACCUCCCUCCCAACAUGAAAAAGCAACCUCUCCCCAAACGGGGGAGAGACCUCAUCAGGUUGUAACCCAGGACUGUUUCUGAAUGCUGCUACUUGAGUCUUUUGUCAGCCCACACUCCAUGAGCACUCAGAGGAAACCAGUGUAAGGGUUAGUUGUAUCUUCAAUGGCUUUCUAAACAUUUCAUUUCUUGGACAUUCUCUUCUGUUUCGGAGAGACCGAGUGAACCUACCUUCAUUUCAGGAGGGACUGGCUACUUGGCAUUUGACAACUUUGCCAGCUCUUUCUCCCUUACGUUCUAAUAUUGCUUCAUGCAGGCAUGUAGGGAAAAAGAGUUCCUCCAACCUCAGACUCACCAGGAGACAGAUGCACAUGAGAGUGUGGAAGGCAGAGGGUUUACAUAAGCGCACCUGCCUCACUUCCAUACAGUGCUGCAGAGCAAACUAAUUUGAGUUUUAUUUAUUUUAUCUUCUGGUUUUCUUGCAUAAAUAUUUAUUUUUUUAAGUGUAAUUUUACCAAAUAAUGAAAACAUAAGGAAAUAGAGGUUAGAGGGAGGUGUUUAAAGAGUUUGCGGGGUGGAGGAUUUGAUACUGGAGAGGUUAUAGUUUAAUAAGAGAAGAAUUUAGGCAGAAAUCUGAUGUGUUAUUGGAGGGUAUCUGAUGUGGUGUGUGAGGUUUGCACGUUGCCUCUUAACAAUUUCUGUCCUUCAGAUGGAAAGUCUCAAGUUCAAUUUCUCAGAAAGACAUGUGCCUGUAUAAAGAAGCUACUGGUUCCUUUUGAACUUUAUUCUUUGUUUAAGAUUAUACAUAGUAUUACUUGAAAUCUAGCAUUAUUACUAAGAUGGGCAUUGUAGUUAAUGGUGGUUGAUGGGUUCUGAUUUUGGAUGGAGUCCCGAGAAGGGAGGGUUGUUUGUAGAAAUCAAUCCUCCUCUCCCCUCACUGGAGCAAACAACUUUCUCCCUCUUA